AUGGCUUCUCCCAGGUCAAUCUUGCUGUCUUCUCUCCUGCUAGCCUCUUCGGCUACCGCCCAGGACUUUGGUAGUUCUGGUCGUAGUGAAGAGGCUUUCAGCUAUAUUCAACCGGAGAACACUACCAUCCUGACACAGUAUGGAUCGUCUCCCGCCGUGUACCCUUCACCCAACAUCACUAGUGAUGGAACAUGGGCGAGUGCUCUGGUCAAGGCCAAGGACUUCCUGUCUCUCCUCACCUUGGAGGAAAAGGCCUACAUGGUGACUGGUGCCCCUGGUCCCUGUGUCGGUAACAUCUACCCUAUCCCUCGCCUCAACUUUUCUGGUCUCUGCUUGCAAGAUGGUCCUCUGUCCAUCCGUGUUGCAGACUAUGCCAGCGUGUUCGAGGCCGGUGUGACUGCUGCCAGUUCAUGGGACAGAAAGCUUCUCUACGAGAGAGCUUACGCCAUGGGCGAGGAGUUCAAGGGCAAGGGAGCUCAGGUUGCUCUCGCACCUGUUGCCGGCCCUCUGGGUCGAUCCGCCUAUGGUGGAAGAAACUGGGAAGGCUUUGCUGCCGACCCCUACCUUACUGGUGUCGCCAUGGAAGAGUCCAUCAAGGGUUUCCAGGACGCUGGUGUUCAGGCCACCGCCAAGCACUACAUUGCCAAUGAGCAGGAGACCAUGAGAAACCCCGAGUACAACGACAACGCCACCCUGACCGAUGUCCUGUACGAGGCUGUCUCUGCCAACCUUGACGACAGAACUAUGCACGAGCUCUACCUCUGGCCCUUUGCCAACGCCGUCAGAGCCAACGUUGCCAGUGUCAUGUGCUCUUACCAACGUCUCAACGGUUCCUACGCUUGCCAGAACAGCAAGGCCCUGAACGGUCUCCUCAAGGAGGAACUCGGAUUCCAGGGUUACGUUAUGUCUGACUGGGGUGGCACACACUCUGGUGUUGCCGCUAUCGAGGCUGGUCUUGAUAUGGACAUGCCCGGUGGUAUCGGCAUGUACGGCCUUUACCCCGAGGCCGGCUCCUUCUUUGGUGGAAACGUCACUACUGCUGUUAACAACGGUACUCUGGACGUCAGCCGUCUGGACGAUAUGAUUCUCAGAAUCAUGACUCCCUACUACGCCUUGAACCAGGAUGUCGACUUCCCCAGUGUUGACGAGUCCGGCGCGGACCUCAACACCUUCUCGCCCAGAUCGACCUGGCUGCGUGACUGGAACUUCACUGGCGAGUACGGCCGUGAUGUUCGUGGCGACCACGGCUCCAUCAUUCGCAGACACGCUGCUGAGGCUACCAUUCUCCUGAAGAACGUCAACAACGCCCUGCCUCUUAAGGCCCCCAAGAUCAUUGCUGUCUUUGGCAACGACGCCGGUGAUGACACUCAGGGCUUCCUGAACCAGGUCGACUUUGAGUACGGUACUCUGUCCGCUGGUGGUGGUUCCGGAACUGGUCGUCUGACUUACCUCUCCACCCCUCUGAACGCCAUCAACAACCGCGCCUCCCAGGACGGUGCCCUCGUCCAGUACUGGCUGAACAACACCUUGAUUGAGUCGUCCGAGAUGCCCGCUCUGUGGAACCCCAAGACCCCCGAGGUGUGCCUUGUCUUCUUGAAGACCUGGGCUGAGGAGGGCGCUGACCGUGAGCACCUUUCCACUGACUGGAAUGGUGACGACGUUGUCGAGUCCGUUGCCAGCUACUGCAACAACACUGUGGUCAUCACUCACUCCUCUGGCAUCAACACCCUCCCCUGGGCCGACCACGAGAAUGUUACUGCCAUUGUCGCUGCUCACUACCCUGGUCAGGAAUCGGGUAACUCCAUCGUUGAGGUCCUCUACGGUGAUGUCAACCCCUCCGGCAGACUCCCCUACACCAUUGCUUUCAACGGCACCGACUACAAUGCUCCCCCUACCACUGGAAUCAACUCCACUGGCGUUGAGGACUGGCAGACUUGGUUCGACGAGAAGCUCGAGAUUGACUACCGCUACUUUGAUGCCAACAACAUCAGCGUCCGCUACGAGUUUGGUUUCGGUCUCUCCUACACCACCUUUGCCAUCUCGGACAUUCAGGCCGAGGCUCUCGUCGACGAUAUCACUGCGACCCCCGAGGCUCAGGCCACCGUUCCCGGUGGUAACCCUGCCCUGUGGGAGUCCAUCUACAACGUCACCGUCUCCCUGAACAACACUGGCGACGUCUGCGGCGCUACUGUUCCCCAGCUCUACGUCACCUUCCCCGACAGCGCCCCGGCCGGCACCCCGCCCUACCAGCUCAGAGGUUUCGAGAAGGUCACCCUUGAGGCUGGUGAGUGCCAGACUGUCUCCUUUGAGCUGAUGAGACGUGACAUUAGCUACUGGGACAUCAUCUCCCAGGAGUGGGUCAUCCCCCAGGGUGACUUCACCAUCAGUGUCGGACACUCGAGCCGUGACUUUGAGCAGGUCACUACCAUCACCCCCAUUGCUGCAUAG